CAUUUUAUAUAACCGCUUAAAUCCCCUGUAAACAAUAUCCUUGUUUAAAAACGCGGUUGUUGUUGUUUUUUUUUUUUUUUUUUCAGGAAGCAACACUGAAGUUCCGUUAGAUAUAUUUGUAAUGUUCGUCUGUGGUUGUGUGAAUGCUCAUGUGUAAUAAUUGGUGAGGAGCAAAGCCAUGCUAAGAACAGGCUUCUUGUCAACAUCUCACAAUGUUUGUCGUUAGGGCUUUAACAAGGCGUCCUCUGUGCAAGCAGUGGUCCAUGAUUCCAUGGUUCCUUAAAUUUGCUGGUUACCAAGUCUGACGGCCCUUUCAGAUACAUCGCAGGGAUUUUCACGGAUUCUCUUACGGGGAAAGAGCUGCCCUCCGGUCUAAGUAUCGCAUUUUUAUGUUUCAGGGGCUGUUUCAUUUCACUGAACAGACUCUGUCUUGCAAGGAGCCUGCACUUAAUUUGUAUUGAAUUGGCAGGAAAUCUGUGAGCAGCGCACUGGAAGAGAGUAUCUGUCCAGACAGCUGUGCAUGUAUUCAGUAUUCAGGACGGUCUCAGGAUAGUCACGGUCUGCAGGAAAAUGCAUCGAGAUUAUUAAUAAUAAAAUAUAGUAAAUCAUAUUUUGUUAAUCUACGAUGUUUAGAUAUUUAGCUUGAAUGAACAUCGUAUGAACUCAGAAAUAUCCUUUAAUGGGUAUAAAAUGCACCUUCACCAAGACACAAAUCAAUACUCUGUUACAUUUUUUUUUCUGCCUUGCCCAAAACAAAGUUUAGUAAAGGUGAUUUUAUCUGCAUUCUCUGUUUCUUAAGAGUAGCAGCCUAGACGGCAAAAAACAGUCUGACUGUCGCCGAAGCAUCACAAAGCUAUUUUUCAGGCUGCCAUUUCUCUGCAAGCAGACUGUAUAGUGUCGUAUUUUUCUUUUUACGCACAUCUAGAUGUGCAUGAAAGGUGCUGUUAGCCACACGAGUUUAUGAGAUUAGCCCAUUGGGGGGUUUUUUCUAAUGAUCAAGAUAAUUGGUAACAUUUUAUAUGUUGUGCUACAUUGUGUAUAUCUUAUAUUAUGUAUUGUUAUACAUGCAAUAUAUAGAAAGGAGACUGCAGUAAUAAUGAGAAGGGCGCUUAAUCGGGCAAUAUUUCGUUUUAUAACCAGUCGAAAAUGUAGCUUUUCUGGAUGAAUCGUUAGACGAGCGAGGAAACGCGAAAGCGAACAAAGACGUAGACUGAUAUACUGAUAUUGAGUCAAAAUUGUUUAACCUAAAAGAAAAAUAUCCCCAACGAUUUUGUGUUUUUAUAUUACCGGUACCCCCUCCACAUAGCCAGGCGUGAUCCCAAUGUUUGCACCAUGUAAUUCGAAACGGUUUUAAAUUUCACACUGAAUUACCAUCAUCUAUAUUCUUCACCAAAGCAGAUACUGCACAUAAAAUAUGACCAUAUUGCACAGUUAAACUAUAAAUUUUAGACCUUUAUUAGAAACACUUCUCACUGAAACAUUAUUUAAAAUUGGAUAAACAUAUGUUUAUUAAUCACCAGCUUUCCCACAAAUACGUUUACAUUGUAACGGAAUAUGCAGCUUCACGUAACGCUAAAAAAAGGCACUGUUAAUCAAACCUAACCAUUUAUUCCUUCCCAGCCUGCAAAUGUGUCUCAUUUACCCGAUAGCACCCUCGGGAUCCAGUCUCUCCGAGGACAGGCGUCAUUACUGGCUGUAGGGUGAUACAGACACGGAGGAAGCGGAACAUGCCAGCACUGCCAGUCAAGCCUGACCCCCUGGAGCAGCCCAAGAGGAGAAUCUGAACUACUCCGUGGUCCUAAGGAUCCGCCAGUCAGAAAGGAUGAGCAACGAAGAUGUGCAUUCGCAUCCUAUUGUGGAACUGCAGGAGAGGAUCCAGCCAGAGGUCAUGGAGCUGGUCAAACAGCAGAGACUCCAGCGUCUCUGUGAAGGCACCUGCUUCAGGAAGGCCAGCUCCCGACGUCGGCAAGACAGGUUCUGGUGCUGUCGGCUGUCAGCCAAUCACAAGGUCCUGCACUACGGAGACCUGGAGGAGGCCAAUCAGGGAGCCGUGUCUUACGAAUCGCUGCAGGAGAAGAUACAGGUGUCUGACAUUAAAGCAGUUUUAACCGGAAAAGACUGCCCUCACGUGAAGGAGAAAGGAGCUCUCAGGCAGAAUAAGGAGGUGCAGGAGGCGCAGGAGCUGGCAUUCUCCAUCGUUUAUGACUCAGACGAAUAUCUGAACUUCAUCGCUCCCAAUAAACAUGAGUACUGUGUGUGGAUAGACGGGCUGAACAUUCUUCUGGGGAAGGAGCUGACCAGUGACCUCACCAAGUCUGACGUGGAAAUCCUGCUCAGCAUGGAAAUGAAGCUCCGCCUCUUGGACCUUGAGAACAUCAAAAUUCCUGAAGCUCCACCUCCGAUUCCCAAAGAACCUAGUGACUACAACUUUGUUUAUGACUGCAACUAACUGGCCUUUCCUCAUUCAGCCCAAAGUAACUUCAGAAGAUUAACCCCUGACUUUUAGUUUUACUAUUAUGUGCAAAAAAUUUCCCACAUAUUCUUUUCCACUUAUAUACAAAGCAUCGAAUAAGGUUUGAAAUGGCUACUUAACCAUGUCCCAAAUGUUCCUGCCACACAUGGCAUGAAUCAAAACAGCACCAAUAUCAUUUCUGUUACCUGGGGGGUACUCCACAAAGCAGGAUUUCUUGCUUAGCCGGAUAACUUAUCAAACUUAAGUUAGUCUGAACUAGACUUUCUUUGUUCACCUAUAUUUAGCCCAGACUACCUUAAAUCCAAAGUUAUCCGGCUAAGCAAGAAAUCCUGCUUCAUGAAACAGGCCCCUGAUCCUGUUUACAUGUUUAGAGAACAUGGUGAAGGAUUUUCUUCCUCACAUACCAAAUUAACAGUAUUUUUUUCCCCUGAAAGAGGAAAAGUGGAUAGAAGCUUCAGGACUCACAGAUCUGAUUAAAUCUAAUUUUCAUUUCAUGUAAACCAUUAAACAGUUUGCACAGAAA